AUGGCCUGGAGAAAGUUGCUCCUUGUCUCCUGUUUCUUGGCCGCUUUGCUCCUGACCAUGCUGCAGGAGGGGACCGGGGCAUCAGUGGGCACCAGCCAGGUGGCCAGACAGGAGGCCCAGGAAGGUGUGGAACAGAAGAUUUUCAUGCAAGAAUCAGAUGCCUCGAAUUUCCUCAAGAGGCGUGGCAAGCGGUCCCCCAAAUCCCGAGAGGAGGUCAAUGCGGAGAACAGGCAGAAGCUGUGGGCUGACGAGCUACGAAGAGAAUAUCAUGAGGAACAACGGAAUGAGUAUGAGAACUUCGUGGAGGAGCAAAAUGAUGAACAGGAAGAAAGGAGCCGGGAGGCUAUUGAGCAGUGGCGUCAGUGGCAUUACGACGGCCUGUACCCGUCGUAUCUCUAUAACCGCCACCACAUCUGACCUGGUCGUGACGGACCCAGAAGACAAAGCUUGAAAUGCACAUACUCACCCCAGGUGG